GGCACGUGCGCGCGGCGAUCACGACGAGACGUGGCGUCCACGCCGGGGACCCGCCGCCACCCUUCGCCCGCCGAACCGCCGCUCGAUCCGUCCACAUCUUGCCUCGCGCGCGCUUCUUCCCUUCGUGGCGACGCCUCUCCUCGCUGGGCGCUGGCUUUCCCUCCACGUCCGCGCAAAAGCGCCCGCCCGCCUGACCCGCCGCGACGACCUCUCUAUUUAUUCCGGCCGGACCACAGCGAGCCUUCUCGGCGCCGGCCACGUGAACAGGGAAGGAGUGGAUAUAUAGCUGGCUAGUUGGUGCUGAGCAUGGAGGAGUGGCGCCGGCGGCGGGGGAGCGGCGGGAGGCGGCCGUCACCACGCGCGGCGCUGCGGCGGAAGGUGCGGAAGCUGCGGAGGCUGGUGCCCGGCGGAGAGGAUGCGCCGGCUAGGAGCCUGCUACUCCGCACGGCGGACUACAUCGUGCGGCUCCGGGCCAGGGUCGAGCUCCUCAGGACGCUCGCCGCGCUCUACGGCGCCCCGCAGCCGCAGGUCGCCGGUGCCGACGCGUGCAUGAGCUGAUCCUUCAUCUCGGUACAAGCCGCAUCGUGCACUGCAGAAUUCAUGCAGCUCAGCUUAGCUUGUACGUAGUAUAGUUCAAUGAGACGGGUGGUGAAAUGUGAAAUUUCACGAGCGAUAUGGUGUUUUCGGUAUUUGUUUACAAUUUUCGAAUUGUUUCCUCUUCUUCUUCUUUUACUGAUCGAUGAUAUUUUAUUGUUAAUUUCUAGCUAGGUUAUUUUUUAGGGCUAAAUGGAGGCCCUUUUA